AUGAAGACACCCCCCCAAAAUUUGCUGAAACGAAACCACAUGAUCCUCAUAUUUCUCAUUGUCUUAUUACUAUCGACUUGUUCUACCGACCACCCUUUGGCCAAACCUACAAUCUUUCCUCGCUCAUCAUCUUCCUCAAACAUUCAAUUAUCACUAAAGCCAUUGAUCCUCAAUGGCAAUCUCAGCUUUGAAGACAUUCACGAAGCAGCCAAGGACUUCGGCAAUAUGUACCACUUCCUUCCCUCUGCAAUUCUCUACCCAGAAACAGUUUCUGAUAUUUCCACCAUAAUAAAAAAUAUUAACGAAAUGGGCACCACCUCAGGGCUCACAGUUGCAGCAAGAGGCAAUGGCCACUCUGUUCAAGGUCAAGCACAGGCAAAUCAGGGGAUCGUGAUCGAUAUGAAAUCGCUCCGGGGACCGGAAAUGCAGUUUUACACCGGAGAGCUACCGUAUGUGGAUGUUUCUGGCGGUGAACUUUGGGUAAAUAUUCUGAAUGAGAGUCUUAAACAUGGGCUGUCUCCAAAGUCUUGGACUGAUUUUCUUCAUCUCACGGUCGGAGGGACGUUAUCAAAUGCCGGAGUCAGUGGGCAGGCAUUCCGGCAUGGACCUCAGAUCAAUAACGUCUACCAACUAGAGGUGGUCACAGGAAAAGGAGAGCUGGUCACCUGUUCAGAGAAGCAGAAUACUGACCUUUUCUACGGUGUUCUUGGAGGACUGGGACAGUUUGGCAUCAUCACCAGGGCUAGAAUUUCUCUACAAGCUGCACCUAUAAUGGUGAAGUGGAUAAGAGUGCUCUACUCAGAUUUUUCCUUAUUUACCAAGGACCAAGAGCAUCUAAUAUCAUCCCAGAAUGCUUUUGACUACAUUGAAGGAUUUGUCAUCAUAAACAGAACUGGUUUAGUAAACAGCUGGAGAUCCACUUUCAAUCCAAAGGACCCAGUUCAAGCCAGCCAGUUCAUUUCUGAUGGAAAAACACUAUUCUGUCUAGAAAUGGCCAAAUACUUCAACCCUCAAGAGAUUGAUUUCAUGAACCAGAAAGUUGACAGCUUGCUGUCAGAAUUGAGCUACAUUGAGUCCACACUGUUCCUAUCAGAAGCCACAUAUGUCGAAUUCCUGGAUAGAGUGCAUGUUUCCAUGUUAAAACUCCAAGAAAAGGGGUUGUGGGAUCUUCCACAUCCAUGGCUCAAUCUGAUCAUUCCCAGAAGUAGAAUACAUGAAUUUGCCCAGGAAGUUUUUGGAAAUAUUCUCACAGACACUAGCAAUGGUCCUAUACUGAUCUACCCAUUUAACAAAUCCAAGUGGAACAACAGGACUUCUAUGAUCACCCCAGAGGAAGAUGUUCUAUACCUAGUCGCAUUCCUAUCCUCUGCAAUGCCAGGUUCCACAGGGACAGAUGGCUUAGAAUACAUCUUCAGCCAAAACAAAAGAAUUCUGGAUUUCUGCAAAUCGGCCAAUCUCGGAAUGAAGCAAUAUUUGCCCCAUUACCUUACACAGGAAGAGUGGAAAAUCCAUUUCGGCACUAAAUGGGAAGUCUUCCUUCGGAGGAAAUUCACCAAUGACCCUCUAGCAAUUCUAGCUCCUGGCCACAGAAUUUUCCAAAAAGGCAAGGUGUCUCAGUGA